GUAGAGUGGUUGAAGAACGAGGAGGUCAUCGACCCUGCGGACGACAGGAACUUCUACAUCACCAUCGACCACGACCUCAUCAUCAAACAGGCGCGCCUGUCCGACACAGCAAACUACACCUGUGUCGCCAAGAACAUCGUAGCCAAGCGACGCAGCACCACGGCAACCGUCAUCGUCUAUGUGAACGGAGGCUGGUCGACAUGGACGGAGUGGUCGCCGUGCAACAGUCGUUGUGGGCGUGGCUUCCAGAAGCGCACCCGCAGCUGCACUAACCCCGCCCCUCUGAACGGAGGAGCUCCCUGCGACGGACAGAACGUCCAGAAACUAGCCUGCUCCUCCCUCUGCACUGUGGACGGCGUGUGGACUGAGUGGAGCAAGUGGGCUACCUGUGGGACAGAGUGCACCCAUUGGAGGAGGAGGGAGUGUAGCCCCGCCCCCAGGAACGGAGGGCUGGACUGUGAGGGGGCGGUGCUUCAGUCCCAGAACUGCACCGAUGGACUCUGCAUGCAGAGUUCAUUGUUUCAGAUGUCUACUGAGUCUAAAGACAGGCCUGGUGUGGGAUUUACAUCGGCGCCCAGCUCAGACGACCUGGCUCUGUACGUGGGUGUGGUGAUUGCGGUGAUCAUGUGUCUGGUGAUCUCUGUCAUCGUGGCGCUCCUCGUCUACAGGAAGACGCACCGAGACUUCCGCUCUGACAUUACCGACGGCUCUGCCCUCAACGGGGGGUUCCAGGGUGUCAACAUCAAGACGGCUCGCUCAGCUGACCUCCUGGCCGCGCCCCCUGACCUCACCAAUGCGGCGGCCAUGUACCGCGGCCCGGUCUACGCCCUCCACGACGUCUCCGACAAGAUCCCCAUGACAACCUCCCCCCUCCUGGACCCCCUCCCCAACCUGAAGAUCAAGGUGUAUAACUCGUCAGGCCUGGUGACCCCCCAGGAUGACCUGGGGGGGGACUUCAGCUCCAAGUUGUCCCCCAAACAGAGCCAGUCCCUGCUGGACAGCGAGCCCAGCCAGAGGGAGCAGACCCUGGCUCGCACCCGGGACCCCAGCUGCACCGCCCACGGCUCCUUCAACACCCUGGGGGGACACCUCAUCAUCCCCAACUCUGGGGUGAGUCUGUUGGUGCCUGCGGGGGCGGUGCCUCAGGGGCGUGUCUACGAGCUGUAUGUGACGGUGCACAGGAAGGACAGCAUGAGGUGA